AUGAACAACCAAGACCCAAACUGGGACUUCAUUUCCACCGCAGAAGAUGAUUAUUUUUAUCAACAACCAUCUCCCAUAGAAAAUUCUCCACUUCCUCAACCCAAAUUGUGGCCUCAGACCAAAAACUGUUCAACCCUCUUACAUGCAACAGAAGCUGAAGAUUAUUCAGAUAUUUUCAAGCACUUAUCAAACGUUCAGCUUCAUUCUCAUACACAACCAGAGCCUGCAGAGACAAAUAGGACCACAUCUACUCAUCAAACAUGGAGGAGGGGUGAAUCAAGCGGGACAAAAAGGACGUGCAAUGAAAUGGAACUUACACAGAGUACUCAAAGUAAAGGUAAUGAUGGGGAAGCAAGAAAGAAGAGGAAUAGAGAUGAUUUGCCGCCUAAAAGGACACGUUCAGCCGCAACACGUAAUAUUUCCGAGAGGAGACGCAGGGAUAAGAUUAACGGAAAGAUUCGAACUCUCCAGGAACUGAUACCCAAUUGUCGUAAG